AUGACUCCAAAGACCGGGAAGGCGCAAGGUGCCUUGAAAAUCAACAAGGAAUCUCAAACGAUCAAGAAAUCUUCAGUGAGCAAGGUACAGCACAAGGAACCAGUGAUCAUAUACACGCAAUCACCGAGGAUUAUUCAGACGCAUCCGCGUCACUUCAUGGAGCUCGUCCAGAAGCUCACCGGAAUCUAUCGCUCCGAUAUCGAUGAUACUGUCACCGGCGACGUCGACGCCUUUAAACCAGCUACACCACCGUUAAAGGGAGAGUCGGAGGAGAACGAGGCGUCCGCGUCGGUGUCGGCGUCCGUGAUUACCGAUGAAGAAGACAGUUGCAACAGCAUGGGCGAGGUUAGGUCAAAUUCGUCUAAUUCCAUGGAGCCUUAUGUCGAUAAUUUUGCGGUGUUAGAAUCCGAUUUCUUCAGUACCAAUUCCAAUACAUCAUUGCUGCACUUCGCCGAUUUUUUGUUAUGA